GCUUUAUGUAUGAUUUAGCACUAUAUAACAUGCAUACCUUGUGUACUGUAUAUAGAACAAGCAGAGAGAACAUUAUGGUGGUUCAGUGAUGUGUAAUCCAAGCAGUGAUGAACUUCAUUGUGUUGGUCACUGGAUGUGAAGAUCCCAAACACCUGGAGAAGAAGUGACUGUUGUGUUGAAGAGAUACUCUAUUGGUAAAACUUAAUAUGAAAGUGUAAAAUAGAAUAACUAUAAAACUAAAAUCAAUUAAUAAAAUUAAAAGAAAACUCGAAUAUUACAAGACAAAAAUGCUGGCUUCAGUAAUCCAUAAUAGAGGUACAUAUCUAGAAAAUCUAAUGUUGAAUAAUGAUGAAUGAUGUAGGCAGUAAGUGUGGCUUGUCAUUGCAGGUGUUGAGUUUUUUAAAUAAAGAAAAGACAGACAGGUCACAGCAUUUACCGGUGCGUUAUUGGAAAGGCAGAGAGGAUGUGAGUGUGGAAAAGAUAGUGACAAUUGUGCCAAUAUUCUAGCACCACACCCAUCAUCAGAGCAAGUAAACUAGUUAACCAGGCAGGGGUAGAGAGCCAGCACAGGGGCCAUCCCCGGGGCACUGGUGGGCAGGGCUGAAGACGGGUGGUGGCCCGGCUUAUGCCACCUCUUGGGAUGCCAGUGUUGGUGUGUGACAGCAUGUGGACCAUAGCCUAGAAGCUCAAGUGGUCAGUGGUGUGUCCUCGUGCCCUUACCUCCUUCACCUGCUCGUCCUGUAGCUAUUGUAUGGCCGCAGUCAUGAAUUUCCUACCAGAUAUAAAGAAGCGUGUUAAGAAAGGUGGUGGGAGCCGCACCCUGCCGUCCACGGGAGGAACACCAACACGAGGGGUUGACAGUCCCGGUGGAGUCCGGGGCAACACACCCAUCGAUCCAUCUGAAGCCAUUGGUUGGGCUGUAGUCAAAUACAACUAUCAAGCUCAGCAGAUGGAUGAACUUUCUCUAGUUAAAGGUACAAGGGUACUAAUCCUUGAGAAGAGUAACGAUGGAUGGUGGCGAGGUCAUUACAAUAACCUGGUUGGGUGGUUCCCUUCUAAUUACACCACAGAAGAACCCACAGAGGAGGACCACACGUACACUAUGGCAGAAAACGUGCUUGAUGUUGUUGUUGCGCUAUAUUCUUUUACUGCACAAAAUGAACACGAAUUAACAUUCACGAAAGGAGAAAGGAUGGAAGUUCUGGAUCGACCGCCAUCUGAUCCAGAAUGGUACAGGGCUCGAAACACUCAAGGCCAGGUUGGUUUGAUUCCGAAGAAUUAUGUUCAAGAGCUUCAUGAAGUGGUAGACACUCGAGCGUCGCGAUCUCGAGAACCGUCUCAGACUCGUCAGCUUCCUCCACCAGGACCCAGUAACAGUGCACAUGCCCCUGCCACUAAUGGUGGUGCUCACAACGCAGAUGCCCAUCUCGCACAGGGUAUGCAAGGCCUUAAUAUGAAUGCUGCAGCACCUACACCACCCGCUCCUGCAAUGCCACCUCCACCUGCAGUAAGUGGUGUUCCUCCAGACAAGAAUCACUUUUCUACUAGAGACUGGUACUAUGGACCUAUCACCCGAGCACAGUGUGAUGACGUCCUCAACCAGCGUGGACAUGACGGAGACUUCCUUAUUAGAGAUUCUGAAACAAAUGUGGGUGAUUUCAGUGUGUCUUUGAAAGCAGCAGGUCGCAACAAGCACUUCAGAGUGCACGUUGAAAAUGGAUUAUAUUGUAUUGGUCAACGAAAAUUCCAAACCUUGGACCAGCUAGUGGAUCAUUACCAGCGGUCACCUAUUUAUACAAGCCAAAAAGGAGAGAAGCUUUACCUAAUCCGGCCGUUGCCUAAACCAUAAGCUCUUAUUAAUACGUAUCUUUAACUAAUAGAUUAUUAUACUUUUCAAAAACUUUGCCGAUAUUGGAAUGAUAACUUCUUAACCUUGGCCCUUUGUGGGAUAAGCAUGUGGGUACCGGGUCUGUCAAGAAGUUUAAGGCAAGGGAAACUGUCCACUUGGCAUUUCAGUUGUUGCUGUUGCCAUAGUAGUUCUUCCGCAGUCAGAUUAAAAAUUUAUGAAUCCAUGUUAUGUUAACCUGUCAAGGCCUUGAUGUUUAAGAUAGUGCAUUUAAUUUACAAGUUUUAUGAAUUAAAUUUUUUAUAGUUCUUUGUUUAUUAA